GGAUGCGCUCCUGUCCUACUCUCUCGCCAUAAUCUCACAUACACACUCCCUCAUAAACAGCCAUCUUUUCCCUCAAAAUGGCCACGAAAACUACAUCAUCCGGGAGUAAGAGGAAGGCAGCUCCAACCGGCAAAGGAGCGUCCGCUUCCUCGGCGAAAAAAGCCCGCCUGAACGCACCGAAGAAGACAAAGAAGGUCGAAGUCAGCGGAAACUCGGAUGACACAAGCGGCGAUGACCUUGACGAUCUUAACGAGGGUGACGAGGAGUUUGAAGGGCUCGACGAUUCUGAUUCGGAGGACGGCGGUGCACCCGUAAAACAGUCCGCACCGCGCAAAGACAGUAAGAAGGCGAAUAAGAAACAGGCUGACGGCAAGGAGGUCGUGAAAGGCCCCGACUCGUCAAAAGAGGCCCAUGCCCUGCAGAAGAAGCUCGCGAAAGAACGCAAAGCUGCGAAGCCCCUGGGCGACGAAGUGCAGCGGACUAAAAAGAUAUGGGAACGGCUGAGGAGAAAGUCGCAUGUGCCUUCGGAUGAAAGGAAACAACUUGUCGAAGAACUGUUCAGCAUCAUCACCGGCCGCGUCAAGGAUUUCGUGCUCAAGCACGAUGCCGUGAGGGUUGUCCAAACGGCGAUCAAAUACUCCAAUACCGCUCAGAGGAAACAGAUUACGCAAGAACUCCAAGGCAACUUUUCCCAGCUAGCAGAGAGCCGCUACGCCAAGUUCCUGAUCGCGAAGCUUGUUGUGCAGAAGGAAGCCGAGAUUCGGGACAUGAUUAUUCCCGACUUAUACGGCAGAGUUCGCAGGCUCAUCAACCACCCCGAGGCUUCGUGGAUCCUGGACGACAUCUACCGCCAAGUUGCGACCAAGGAACAGAAGGCAAUUCUAUUGCGGGAGUGGUAUGGCCCUGAGUUUGCCCUCCUCGAGCGCAGCAAGGAUGAGACUCCCACGGCCGACCUGGCGUCCAUCAUCGAGGCUGCGCCCAGCAAGAGGGGCCCGAUCAUGAAAUCUCUCCUGCACAUGAUCAACUCCCUGGUUCAAAAGCAAAUGACCGGCUUCACGAUGCUCCAUGAUGCGAUGCUGCAGUGUUUCCUCAACCUCAAGCCUGAAUCGGACGAGUACACGGGAUUUGUCAACAUGAUCAAGGAUGAUGAAACCGGAGACCUUUUGAAAAAUAUGGCCUUCACGCGUUCGGGCGCUCGCCUUGUUUGUCUUCUGCUUGCGCACGGUUCCUCCAAGGAUCGCAGGAACAUUCUCAAGGCUUUCAAGGACCAUUUCAUUCUCAUGUCGGGUGACGCCUUCGCCCAUAUGGUCAUUCUCACCGCGUACGACGUCAUUGACGACACCAAGAUGACUUCCAAGGUCAUCUUAUCCGAAUUGGUGGGCGAUGACGAGGAAAAGGCGGCGGAAAAUAUCAUGGCGGCGACCACCAAUCAGUAUGCCCGAACGGCGUUGAUGUAUCCCCUCGAGGGCCAGUCAAAGGCUCUCUUCCUUCCCAACAUGAACGACGACCGGCAAAUUCUGGCCGAGGUACAUGAAAUUCGUAAGACGACGAGCAAGAAAGACAGCGACCUGCGGAGUGCGGAACUGGCGGCCGCCCUUUCACCGUCGCUUCUGAACACCAUCGCCUCCUCGGCGCCCCUGCUCAUGGCGGACUCUUUCGGCUGUCAUCUGGUCGCCGAAGUCCUUCUUUCCGUGAAAGGCGACAAGCAAAACGCCCUCGAGGCCGUAGCCGCCGUCGCAGAGGGCGACCCGAAUGCCGAAGUCGCCGAGGUUCCUGCCUUGGACGGCACUGUCCCAAGCGCGCAUGUCUCUCAGACUCCCUGGGGCGGCCGCACUCUCAAGACCUUGAUCGCUGGUGGCAAGUUCAACAAGACGACCGGCAAGGUCGAACAGGUAGAGCCGCCGCUGGCAUUCGCCAACACGUUGUAUCCCGUUCUCAAGGAUCACAUCGUGGCAUGGGCGACGGGCCCUAGCUCUCUAGUGGUUCUUGCCUUGCUCGAAAGCGCAGACUUCAGCCAUGGCGACGAGGUGAAGGCCAUUCUCAAAAAGAACAUCAAGGCUCUGAAGAUGGCCGCUACGGAGGAGACACCAGAACAGAAGGCGAAGCAGGAGGCCGAGGAGCAAGACGUUGGCGAGAAGGCCGCGAAGAAGGGAAAGAAAGGGAAGAAAGGUGCCUCGAAGCCGGAUCGUCCGGUUGGGAAUGCGGGAAGCAGACUGUUGUUGGAGAGGCUGUAAAGGUUGCGCGAUAUGCUAUAGAACACGAGCGGGUCUUGGCUAAAAGUUCUCAUGCUAUUUGGCACAGUGGCUUCGCAGGGGGGGCCUGAAAGUUUAUACCCCUUUUUAUUUCAGAUGUCUACACGGGCUACUCCUUAGUGAAUUAAAUGCGGAUAACCCAAGC